GUAACAUGUUUCAAAUACUGAUAGAAUGGCAGGAGGACCACUCCUUUGCAUCGGCGAUCUGUUGAGUGACGUCGGAGAAGAAGACACCACAACCACCACGGAUGAUAUUAUACGUAAAUGCCACCGUCAUAGUUCCGUCGAAGAUGCUGAUCUUGCGAAUCAGCGUAUUCAACCUUCUGAUCUUACCAAACUAUAUCAGGAAAGUUACAAAUGCUUGAAUGAUGCACUUAGUGGUACAUCCCACUCAUGGACAACUCUUACACUCGAGCUAUGUUUAGCGCUAGAAACCACAAACAAGUUGAUUCAAUCGAGUGACUCGCAUGCUUUAGAGGCAUUGGAGAAGAUUCGGGAGCUUGAGAGGAUUACCAAGAAGGGAAAUUCCGUAAUUAAAGAAGCUGAAUUCAUCCACAAUGCCAUGAAGGACCACUCGGGUCUUAAUGCACAUGAUUGAUUUGUAAUAGUGUCUAGGGUGUCUCUAUAUAAUUGAUUUGUAGCUGGUUGCAAGGUGUUGGGGGCUUAGAAAAUGGUGGAUCCUCAAGAUUGAGUUCGUUAGUCCUCGUAAAUAUUUGACUUUGCGUUUUCUUUUGAACUUGAUUAUAUAUAUACUAGUAAGGUCAGUAGGGCCGUGAUUACAA